AUGCAAAUUUAAUAACACUAUUCUUAGUUGAUAGAUGAACUGAAAAUGCACGAUUAGAAGUGUUUAUUCCAGAAAUUGGAAGGAACACUGGCUGAAAAAUUAUGCGUCAAAGAAUUGCUGAAAGAGUAAGUCAUAAUCUACGUCUAAAAAACAAAGGAAUUCCUCCUUAAAGACAUGGUUAUAUCCUUCAAUGCUCUGAUUAUUGAUAAUCAAUACAUAGAAUUGAGCAAAUGCCAAUUCGAGGAGAGAGUGAGCAAACCUAAAAAUAAUGAAGGAGUCAAUGUCAUUAUUAUUAAGAAUACUGCUGGUAAAGAAUAUCUAAUUACUUCCAAUUCUCAACAGUCUCUCAGAAUAAAGAUUUAUCUUAAAAAGUUUUGUGUUAAUAAAAAUUAUAGUGGGAAAUAUCGUCUUUUAGAACAGAAAAACUGUCUACCUCUUUCCCAAUCAUAUAAAAAAAAUAAUCAACAUUUCACUACUCUAAAAUUUGAAAAGAAAUAACUGGAAGAAAAUCAAGAACUUCAAAUGUUCCACAAUUAAUUAACUAUUAUGCAUGCUUUUUAAUCGAUUCCUAAUGUCGUUAGGGUUUGUGAAGAUGCAUAAAGAUAUUACAUACUUGGAGAAAGCAUGAAGUUAUAAUCUUUGGAAUCACUCUUAUUAAAUGGUUUUGAAUUUAAAGAAGUGCCAAUUGUAUCUAUUAUUUUCAUGACCCUACAAACCAUUCAGAAAUAUCAAGCCAAAACCAUAUACCAUGGGAACAUUAAUCUUCAGAAUAUCUUUAUUAAUGUGAACAGUCCAACUCUGCAAAUUGCCUUACUCUUCCCUAAAUAUAAGGAACAUAAUGUCAAAAAUAUAGAAAAAGAUAUUUUUAAUGUAGGAAAACUACUUUACUAAAUCACAUUUUAUACAUCAAGAGGGGAAAUUUCUUAAGACAUUAACUUAAAUUUGAUAUAAUCCUUAAUGGAUCAAUGGUCCUUACCCAAUUCUUAAAGAACUCAAUAUAGAUUUCUAUAUAGAGUCAGUCAACUUAAUUUGUUGAGUCAAUUGCUUUCUCCAGGAAUAACUGUAGAAAUAGCUUUGAUUCAUCAAUGGUUCGUGAACAUUAAGUAAAAUCUUAAAAUUGAACCUAAACAACACAUGUCCAAGGCCUUCCUGUCAACCAUCGUGGAAGAAUAAGAAUUUCAUAUGACCUCCUCCUAAAUUCUGGACCAUCGAGUUACAAUUACCCAACAGAGUUACCAAGAAUAUGAACCUGACGAAGAACUUUACCCUAUCAGAUGUUAAUUGGUUAACAUAACUCAAAUGAUACCUUCUAAAAAGAAGCAUGAUGCUGUUAAUCCAUCUUUGUUUAGAUCGAAGACGUUCACAAAUUCUACGAUGAAACGAGAUUCCUUGACUGGAAUUACAAAGUAGUCGUCCUUUAAAUGA